UUGAGAGGAGAGCGGCGAUUUUUUUCACAUUUGAAUAUCACUCCCUCCCGUCGACGAAACUUGGUGUGCCCAAUCUUUGAAUCAACAGACUCCUCUUCAUCUGCCCUUCCACAAUCAUCAUUCGUUUUCUUCAACCUUCUUGGUCCGGGUGGACUUGUAUUUUUGUUGAUGCCGAAAAUCUGCCAAUCUCACAGAACUUGCGAUUUCAUAAUUUGCUUUGUAACAUAAUACCCACUCCUGUGUUCGCAGAAAUUGCGAUUUCAUAAUUUGUUGUGUAACGAUUACACACAGACAUGGUAGAAAUUGCGAUUUCAUGAUUUGGUUGGUGUUGUGUGUUGGUGUGAAUUUCUGAGGUAAAAUUGAGUACAAUAGGUUCUGGAACAAUGGCCAAUGGGGUUUGUUCAAUGAAGCUCUCGUUUUGUUGAUUUUAGACAUUGUUCGAGUACAUCGAUUAAGGAUUACUUGCUGCCUUCUAGCAUAUGGGCUACUAGGAGAUAGAGACGAAGAUUUGGCUGGUCGAAGGGUUAGGCGUAGGUUUUCUCAUACAGAACGCAUUCCCAAAUAGGUGGAUCGCCUCACGCGACUUUUGGGGCUAAAUGACCAGGAAUGUAUUGAUAGUCUUCGAAUGGAUAGGAAUUGCUUUGGCCAACUAUGUAUACUGCUACGUGAACGGGUUGGCUUAGUAGAUGGAAAAUACAUUAUGGUCGAAGAACAAGUUGCGAUGUUUUUGUCAGUACUUGCCCAUCACAAGAAAAAUCGCGUGGUUCGAUUUGAAUUUUGGCGUUCCGCGCAAACUGUAUCACAUUAUGUUCAUGCUGUGCUUAAAAGCUGUGAUUAUGUUGCAUGAACUAUUUUUGGCGAAGCCGGUACCAGUCGAUGAGCACUGCCAGGACGCGAGGUGGAAGUGGUUUCUGGGUUUCUUAGGAGCAUUGGACGGGACAUAUAUCAACGUAUUAGUUGAUACUGAAGAUAAACCACGCUUCUGGAGUAGGAAGGGCCAGAUUGCAACAAAUACAAUGAUUGUUUGUACUCGGGACAUGCGUUUUGUUUACGUUCUAGCCGGUUGGGAGGGAUCUGCCGGAGACGCUAGGGUGUUACGUGACGCAGUGACACGUGAACAUGGUUUAAAAGUACCUAGAGGCCAAUAUUAUUUAUGCGACAACGGCUAUGCAAAUAGUGAAGGAUUCCUUACCCCGUUCAAGGGCGUCCGCUACCAUCUCAAAGAAUGGGGCCCUCAUGCGAUGAUGCCUCAGAAUCCACGAGAAAUGUACAACAUGCGUCACACUAAAGCGAGAAAUGUGAUAGACCGUGUGUUUGCCGUUGUGAAGAUGAGAUGGGGUAUAUUGCGAAGCGCGUCGUACUACCCAAUCAACAUACAAGUGGAGCUGAUCCUAUCUUGCUUUCUCCUUCACAACUUUAUACGAGGCCAGAUGACAGUGGAUCCAAUAGAGCUAGAGUUAGAUGGUCAUCACAUCGGCAUUUACAAGAGGAGGUGCCAGAGGAAAAUGUUUACGUCGACACGGUAGAGGCAACGCCGGCGUGGAAUAAUAAACACGAUCAACUAGUCGAAGCUAUGUGGCUUCACGAAGGCUGAAGCCAAGCUCCCUGUGAUAAAAUAGCUUCUACAAAUGGAUUUCAAUGGCGAAGCUAAUGAAGACGAUGUAUUUGAAUUUAUGUUCGUGUUGUAAUUGAAUUCAGAUUGUGGUUUGGUGUUCGUUUAUCGAAUUCUCCGAUAUU